AAUACUAGACAAGAAAGGAUAAAAACUCUUCCUGAGAUACAAUGAGGGCAGCCUUGAGAUACUGAGCACAAGGUCAAGCAAAGCAGAGAGGGAGGGAUGUAUAAGAAGACAUGAUGAUGCCCUAAAAAAUGGGAACAAUCAUAGGUGAUAUCACCCCCUUUCUAUUUUAUUCCAGGGAAAUCCCCUCCACAAAUGGCCUGGAGGAACCACAGCAUCAUCACCGAGUUUAUUCUCACGGGGCUGUCCGACGACCCCCACAUCCAGGCUCUGCUCUUCGUGCUCUUCCUGGGGAUUUACCUCCUGACCAUGAUGGGGAAUCUGAUGCUGCUGCUGGUGAUCAGGACCGAUUCCCGCCUCCACACGCCCAUGUACUUCUUCCUGAGUAACCUGUCCUUCCUGGACCUCUGCUUCUCUUCUGUCACUGUGCCCAAGCUACUGAAGGACCUUCUGUCUGAGAAGAAAACCAUCUCAGUAGAGGGCUGCCUGGCUCAGGUGUUCUUUGUGUUUAUCACCGCAGGGACUGAAGCCUUUCUGCUCUCGGCGAUGGCCUAUGACCGCUAUGCCGCCAUCUGCCACCCUCUGCUCUACGGCCAAGUGAUGAGCAACCAGCUCUGUAUGGGGUUGGUGCUGGCCUCAUGGGGCCUGGCCUCUCUCAAUGCAUUUGUCAUUGUGCUUUUGGCUAUUAACCUGGACUUCUGUGAGGCCCAAACCAUCCACCACUACACCUGUGAGCUGCCCUCCCUCUUCCCUCUGUCUUGCUCUGAUAUUUCCAUCAAUAUUGACAUCUUGAUCUGCUCCACCUUACUGCAUGGGCUGGGAACCUUCCUCCCAAUCUUCUUUUCCUACACCCGUAUUGUCUCCACCAUCCUGCGCAUCACCUCCACCUCAGGCAGAAGCAAGGCCUUCUCCACCUGCUCCUCCCACCUCAUCGCAGUGAUCCUGUUCUUUGGCUCAGGUUUGAUUCUCUAUCUUAUGCCCACCUCGGGUUCCUCCCUGGAUUUGCUCUCCUCCUUGCAGUACAGUGCAGUCACGCCCUUGCUGAAUCCCCUCAUCUACAGCCUAAAGAACAAAGAGGUGAAGGCAGCUGUGAGAAGGACACUGGGGAAAUAUUUCUAAUGUAGUGAACAAAGACACACUUACUAAGCAAAAAUCACAAAGACC